AUGGGAUCUGGGGGAAGUAAGAAAAAGGCACCAUCCAACACAAACCAAAGUGCUGGAGGAAACAGGGGGCAGGGAGCUUUAUUAGCAGUACAAGGGGAAAACUCCAACUCGAGUGAUGAAAUGACGGGGAAUACCGGUGCAGAAUUCUCGUUUAGUACAGAAGUUCCUUCCAUUCAUCAGCAAGUAUCUGUUCCUCCUGCUUCACCUCCAGCCAAUACAGCUGGGAAGCAACCACUGCCACCAAUAAAACAGGAAAAAAAGGCGCCACAACCUGAGAGCAAGGGAGCUAACUCAUCAAGGGGAGGUCGUAAACCAGAGGUAGAUAACUCAGGAACUGAGACCAUGGAACAAAAAGUGUCAGAAAAUUCAAAUGAAACUGAAACUCCCACAGGUCAACAAGAAAGUGUCAAAAUGCCGGAAAUUGAGGACAGAGUUAUCCCCCCUGAACCAGAAGAUCAGGGAAAAUUUGAUGAUGCUCUUAGUUCUGCAUGCCUUCUCAUUAAACCAGACAGUUUGUUAAAGAAACUCAAUGUUCAGAAUGUCACUAAAUUACAUCUGCAGAGAGCACUGCCGUCCAACUUCAAAUUACACGAACUUCUCACCAAGUUAACUCACGUACAGGAACUCGACCUGUCCUUCAACAAUAUGGGACCGCAGGCUUUCCGCAGUGUUUGUCUCGCCAUGUGUAACAAUUCAUCUAUUCUCUGCCUCAAUCUGUCUGACAACAAGACAGACACUGACACAUCCGAAUGUAUAGGACGUAUGUUAAGUAUGAACCAGACUUUAGUUUACCUAGACGUCUCUAACAACAACCUCGGCAUCGACUACUUCUCCAAAUGUGUGGGUCCAACCCUGAAAACCAACAACACAUUACAGACUCUUAGGGCCAAGAGUAUAGGGAUGAGGGACUUACGCGUGUUGAUGGAGGGAGUGAAGGAAAACACAAGUCUAACAGAGAUAGACUUCAGUACUAACUCUUUCUCUGAUUCAGUUGGUGUCGCUACAGGCUUUGCACACAUACUCAAGCGUGCUGACUGUGGACUUCGAACUCUGGCCUUGGGGAACUGUGAACUAAAGGAGUCGAGUAUAGAAAUUAUCAGGGAAGGUUUAGAGAGUAAUACAUCUAUGGCUGAACUCAACCUCAAUGGAAACAUGUUUGGGAGCAUGAUGACCUUACUGAAGGUCGUAGUGACUGCCGCGACCCAUCCUAGUAUAACUAACCUCAGUCUAGACAACAUCCAGAUCCAGGAUACAGCCUGUACUAUAGAGGCUGUUAAAUCUUGUGUCCGCCCGGAAGUGAAGCCAAACCUUCAAUUUCUCAGCCUCAACAGCUCGAAAAUCACGGAUAACUUUUUAUCUUCCAUUGCUACUCUUCUCAAGGGCAGACAACUGCCACUUAUUGACCUUGACAUUGGUGCAAAUGAUGAACUGACACCAAAAUGUCUGAUGACAGUGGCUGAAAUGACCUCAGCUGAUGGAAUCCCCAGUGUAUUGCGAAAGUUGAAGUACAGUCUAAUGAGGAACACAACUGGCCUUACAGAACAGUUGACCAGUGGUCAGUUUCCAAAUCUUCACUACCUUAACGUGAGGAAGUCCAAAUUGACCGAUGUCCAACUGUUACCUAACCUCUAUAAGGGUCAAGGAGGCAGCCUGACAACUCUGAUUCUGGAUGGUCAGAAGAUUGCUAACACUGAUAUCCUACAGAAACUGCUGGAGAGUUCUCCUGGCGGAUCCCUGACGACCCUGAGUGUUGGAGCAUGCUCCUUAUCUGUCACAGAUAUUGCUCCUUUGUGUCAGGCCAUUCAGAAGGGCCUCAAGCUACACAUGCUAAAAGUCUCAUCCAAUCGGUUGGAGAACAAAGGCGUGACUGACUUGGUGGAGGCAGUACUUAGUAACAAGACACACCCCCUGGCAGUGCUGGACGUGUCUGACAAUACAAUGACAGAUGAAGGAGCAGUGUCACUAGCCAAGCUGUUCAAUACAAAAAGCCAUACAUCUCAACUACAUAGCCUCAAUGUCAGCUCCAAUGACCUCGGGAAAGCAGGUUUAGUGAGUCUGGCCUCUGUGAUGGGAGGCAAGUCUCCACUACGAACUCUUUAUCUACAAAAUCAGAGUCGUGGGAUGGACGAAGGAGAUAUGGAUGAGGUCUUCAAAACACUUGCCAAGUCAUUAGGUUUUAAAGUGGAAAUGAAGGACGGUGAAGUUGUCCAAAGCUGUUCUGAUCGACCUAAUUUACCUGAAGGACUUGUUGUUAAAUUGUCUCCCCUUGGUGGGAACCCCGGUAAACUCGGAUCUAGUCUGGACAGUCCACGGAUACAGACAGAUUAUGCCAAGGAAAAACUGCCCAAUCUCUCAUUUGCUGACAGUCAGAUCAUCUCUGCUUUCCUGAAGGGAAUAGGUAGUGAUGUAUGUGUCUGGUCCGGAGAGGAAUGGAAGAUGAUUACCGGCUCAAACAAACCUACAACAGAUGCCCCAUCAUGGCUACAGGUGGCAAACAGCAGAGAUUUGGUCACUUAUCUCUGUAACUUACCAGGUAACACAACGAGACAGAAGGUCGAAGCACUACUUGAGAUGGAGGCUGACUGUAACCUUGAGGAGGUCUGCCUCAUGAAGGAUCCUGUGACCAGAAGCAUUAAUGGAGUUGGUUGGGCUCUCCUUGGAGACAAGGAAUCUGUCGCCAAGGCUCUCAAGUUCUUUGACUCUGGCAUGGCCACCAUAUUUGGUCAGGCAUUCUUGAUAUCUCCGGUGAAGGUGAACGUCGAUGAUGAAGCAAACACAGAAUCGCAAGCUAAGGCUAGGGAGGACCUGGAAAAUCGGCGCAAACUGCAGCAACAGGAAGACAAAGAUCACAGACGACUUAUUCAGCGAACGACAGACGAGUCAUGGAAACGUCACGCUUACCGACUCGCACACCCUGCUUAUGCUGACGGACGUAUUUGGUAGUUUCCAUGAUAUAUACUUUACAGCAUGUCUGAUGCUGGAACU